AUGGCCGAAUCACCCACCUUGGAGCUAGACAGCUCAACAGAACAGCUUCUAUUAUCUCCGAAAUCUAAACAUCCCAAACAUUCUAAUCCCAGCUCCUCCAAGCAAGCUACUUCCAAGAAGCGAGCCAUCGGAGGCCCCCGAGAUGCCCUAGGCGCCUACAUCGCAAAACCCGAAUCAUUCCCCUCCAACGUGGUAGUAUACUAUGAUGACGACUUUGUCGUUAUCCAUGAUAUGUUCCCCAAGGCAACCCUCCACCUGCUUCUCCUUCCUCGCGAUCCUCAAAAAACCCGCCUGCACCCCGUCGAAGCGUUCCAAGAUGCCGAGUUCCUGGAAAAGGUCAGAAAGGAAACGAAGAAGCUGCGCACACUCGCUGCUGGUGAACUGAGGCGAAUACACGGGAAGCACUCAGCACAGGAUAAGGCAAGACAAGAGGCGCUGAAUGUAGAACCGCCGCUGGAUGAGUUGCCGCCGGGGAGAGAUUGGGAGCAAGAAAUCAUGUGUGGGAUUCAUGCGCAUCCCUCCAUGAAUCACUUGCAUGUUCAUGUUAUCUCCGUGGACCGAUAUAGCGACCGCGUGAAACACAGGAAACAUUACAAUAGCUUUUCUACCCCGUUCUUCAUCAACAUCGAUGACUUCCCGCUGGCUCACGAUGAUGUCCGGAGACAACCAGACCAGGAAGGCUACCUGCGGAGAGACUUCGUCUGCUGGCGCUGUGGGAAGGGAUUCGGGAACAAAUUCGCCGAACUGAAAUUACAUUUAGAGGCGGAAUUCAACGAGUGGAGACGGCUGUGA